AUGGGGGAUCGGGCCGUUGCGGGGCGUGCGGUGCGUGGUGGUACGGAAACAUCUUUGCAUGCUAUGCGUGAUUAUGCAAAGGAGGUGUGGAGGAAGUUAGUCCCGAGUGAUAAAAGAAGUUUCUUUUAUAUUCCUGAUCUUGAUGCGUGGCUAUGGUUGAAUCUGAAGAGUCAUGGAAGAAAACAGAGAGGUAUUCUAUGGUGUGUGGUUUUUGGUGUUGCUCGCUGGAGUCUUUGGAAAGUAAGAAAUCAAAAAUUGUUCUCACCUGGGGUGGGAGGGUCCUCUGUGGAUGACAUACGCAGAGCUGCCAUGUGUUUCUCCAAUUCGGUUGUGAGGGUAAGUGAAGGUCUUGGCAAUGAGAUGCAGACGAGGGAGCUGCAGGGUUGCUUCAGGUGGAAUUAUCCUCCCGUAGUAGGUGGGAUUAAACUGAACACAAAUGUUGCUUAUGGGGAGGGUCGAAUCUGGGAGGUUGUCGAGGUUUGA